AAACCUAAAUGUUUAAUAAGUUUCAUAAUUACUGUGAUUUAGUUUAGUUAAAAAUAAUGAAUUUUGAAUACAGACCAGAAUUGAAACCGUUAAAAGUUUAUUUCGUUAAUCCUCUCGCCCCAGCAUCUCAAUUAGCUAUAGUGAAAAUCAUGUCUGGUUUAGUAUUUGGAAAUGAGCAGUCGAUUGAUAUGACUUUGGUAGUUUACUCUAAUGAGAUAAAAUCUGCUGAAGCUUUUGGAUUGGAGAUAGAAUCAUGUGCCUUUUCAUGUACUAAUUCUAUAAAAGUGUCUUCUGAUUUACCUAGCGUUUCAGAUGCUGAUGUUUUUUGUUUUAUAUCAAAUUUUAGUAAUCCAAAUUAUUUUGGUAUGGAAGCGUCUGAUGAAGAAUUUGAUGCUUUAUAUCUUACAAUAAAAGUAGCCCUUAGUUUAAAAUGGGCAAUGAAUAAAGGGAGUACAUUAGAAACACACAAAGAAGCGCAACUCCAAGAUAAUGAACCAAACUUAAAGAUAGUUGAACAAAAUCAACCAAACCCCGUAUUUAUGACCGAUGGCUUAGUGGCAACAGAUAUUAUAAAAACACUAUCGAAAAAUCUACCUCACAAUAUAUUAUUCUAUCCAACGCCUUUAACAGCAAUCGCUAAGUCAGUUCUAAGUGAUUAUUUAGAUAUACCCUGCAAAGUAAUCAAUAACAUUUUCGUGUGGGCCGCUAAUGACAAAGUAUUUCACAUUGAAGUACAAAAGCUGAUAAUUGAUGACAGCAUAGAAGCAAAAUCUGACUGUGAUUGGGAUAUGGUUGGAAAAGAUUUGUUAAAAACUUUUGAUUUAGAUUCAACCCAAUUAAGUGCUUCUUGGUUAAAGAAGGACUUUAUUGAGAAAGUAGCGUCAUCUGCGUCAAAGAAUCCUUAUGGAAGUAUUCAUAGGGCGGUAGAGUUUACGAAAAGUUUAAAAGACAUUUGGCAUACGCGUAAUCACAACGACGGGAACAAAGUUUGCAGAAACAUUGGCUGCAUUAGUGAUGGUUCCUUGGGAACUAUUAAAGGUUAUCCGUAUGUUUUGCCAAUAGUAUUUCAAAACGGUCUUUGGACAGUAAACGACAUUUUCCUAGAUACUCAUCUGAAACAGGAGAUUAAAAGGAUGAACAAUACAGUCAAAGAGUGUCACGAGAAGUUAACUUUACAUUGCAAAAAGUUUCUGCAGGAAAGUGUAGAUUACUUUAACGCCGAAGAUAACAGUGGAACAACGUUUUCCUAAUUUGGCAUAUUUAAAUUUAAUUAAUUUCGUUAAAAAUUUCUUUUGAAAAUAAUUUUAUAUUAGAAGUACAUUUAUUUGUAUUAUUUGUUUUCGCAACUAUUAAGAAGAAAUUAAUAAUAAAGACGAUU